AUGUCCGAAGGGGUAGCAAAGCGGCCUGCUUCCCCCACUCGGUCAAUCUCCCCACCUCCACUUCGGCGAAAAGUCACAACCGUCACCAAGAAAACGGUAGCAAACUUCUUCACUCCAGCCUCACAGAAAAAGCCCCAGCCAAUUACUUGGCGAGUGAUAGGCACCAGCCUGGUCAUUGGGAAAUAUGUCCCCGAGAAAAGCGUUGCGCAGGCUGUCGCCGGGCAGGCGCGAAAAGUCGCAUCCUUCGACCUUGACUCAACGUUGAUCAAAACACAAUCUGGAGGCCCAUUUGCGAAGAAUCCAAAUGAUUGGCAAUGGUGGGAGCCUGGAGUGCCCGAAAAGCUCAAGGAACUCGAUGCGAAGGGCUAUCAGGUGGUGAUCUUCUCAAAUCAAAAGAUGGUCAAAAUCCAAAAGGAUAUCAAAAACGGCAAGAGUGAAUCCAAGAGUCUCUCGAAUUUCAAGGAAAAAUUGGCCGCCGUCAUGGGUCAAUUGGACAUUCCGCUCAGUGUGUACGCGGCCACAGAUAAUACCGAGUAUCGGAAACCUCGAUUGGGCAUGUGGCGGGAGUUCCAAGAUGACUACGAUCUGGAUGCGUCGGGUAUAGAUCUUGAAAAGUCUUUCUUUGUGGGUGAUGCCGCUGGACGCCCUCAGGACCAUUCAAACGUUGAUCGCGGAUUUGCGGUCAAUGCUGGCAUGGGUUUCAAAACACCAGAAGAGUUUUUCCUCAGUCAAGAGCCCCCUCAAGACGCGGGAAUCUUCAAUCCGGUCUCAUUCAUUGAGGCAGAGUCAGAAGGAGAAUCGUCUGCAAAAUCAUCUGUAUCUUUUGCUCGCACACACCCGCAAGAACUCGUGAUUUUCUGUGGUAGUCCAGGCGCUGGAAAAUCCACAUAUUUCUGGAAAAACCUCGAGCCACUUGGCUACGAGAGAGUCAACCAGGAUAUCCUAGGAUCGCGUCCGAAAUGUCUAAAAGUCGCGCGGGAGCUAAUCCAAGCCGGAAAGUCCGUCGCUGUGGACAACACAAACGCCACUCAAGAAGUGCGAGCCUACUGGGUAGCUCUUGCGAAAGAGUCUAAUAUUCCCAUCCGCUGUGUGCAUUUCCUCGCAUCUUCAGAGCUUUGCAAGCAUAAUGCAGCAGCUCGAGCCUCUAACAAAGAACUUAACCCGGAAUCGAGGCAGACUCUCCCAGGGAUCGCUUUUAUAGAUUAUGCGCGCAGAUAUCAAGUCCCCACGCUUGACGAGGGCUUUGCGGAUAUCAUCCCCGUGGAAUUCCGAUUCAGGGGAACUGAAGAUGAGAAAAAGCUGUGGAGUCAGUAUUGGAUAUAG